CACCCCAGCUGAGUACUGUCUCCUCCCUUCAUCUGAAAAAAAUAUAUUUUAUUUUCCAGUUUCAGAAGUCUGUAAUCCCGUUGGCCUCCUUUCUUCCAGAUUCGAUUAACCGGGGGAAACGAGACACUUCUACCCUUCAUUUCAGAAUAAAGAUUUCAUUUUUCCUCCUCUGUCUCUCCAUCUCUGUCUCCCCAUCUCUCUCGCCGGUUAACGCUGGUGACAAGACUCAGAUUUCCGAGCCAUAUCUUGCCUCAUCCCUCCCAUCAAAAGAAAUGGAAGCUGGGGACGCAACAAAAAUGGAGAACAGAGUUGUGCAAGCAUUUCAGAAAAGCUUUGUCCAGGUUCAGAGCUUACUAGAUCAGAACCGCAUUAUCAUAAAUGAAAUCAACCAAAAUCAUGAAUCUAAGAUUCCAGACAACCUGAAUCGCAAUGUUGGCCUCAUAAAGGAGCUCAACAGCAAUAUUCGGCAAGUUGUUGACCUCUAUGCCGAACUCACUUCCUCCUUCACGAAGUCCAUGGAUUCCGGUGAAGGUGACUUGGGGACAAAGAAGAGAUUCCGGCCAACCUAAGGAAGGAAACAAUGGUGAUGAGGAUCACAAAGAUGGUGUGAUCAUUGGAAGAGGGGGAGGAAGAAUGUGUGAGUGAAAGAGUAAUGUUUCUGUUGAGAUAUACUGAAGUGGUUCAUGUUUUAUUGAUCAGUAUAUUGUUUUAGCCAAUCUGUUUUGGUUUGGAGAUAAAAUGGGAUUAAAUUCGUUUGUGAUGAAUGACUGUGCAUA